UGUUCUGCAAGAUUUUAAAGGUGAUUUCAGUUCCUUGCUUUCCAGCACUGACGACUCCUCAGAGAUAGAGAAGAAAGGGUUUGCCUUUACUACAGGAAGCCAUAUGAUCUCGAAGAGAAGAGGGAAACCCUCUGAGGAUGCCCUCUUUACCACUCCAAACUACCUUGGUAUUGCCGACGGAGUUGGUGGUUGGGUAGAGUACGGUGUGGAUUCAUCAAAAUUUUCUAAUGAACUGAUGAAAAAUUGCAAAAACGAAGUUAUUAAAUUUAACCAAGAGAUUGAACAAUCUGCCAACUAUGAGUCUGAAGAAUCUGAUUAUGACCUCUUUGGCUCUAAUAACUCAAAAUGUAGCCAAAACUAUGACGCAAACUCUUUGGAAUCCGGAAGUGUCAGCCAUGAAGCGACAGAAAUCAAACCUAAGAAUGUUCUGAACCCAACGACUGUCCUUUCUAAAGCUUAUCGUAAAGUCAGAAGCAUCGGAUCUUCAACAGCCUGUGUCUGAGCACUAAAUACUACCUCUGGAGAAAUGGAGGUAUCUAACAUAGGUGACUCUGGAUUCCUGGUGAUAAGGAAGAACAUAAUCUACCAAUCGGAAGAGCAGCAACACUCAUUUAAUGCUCCUUACCAGCUGACUCGGAUGCCACUAGGCUUUGCAAGGAAACACAAGAUAUUCGGGUAUUACUCUGACAAACCUAAGGACUCCAAGAACUACACUUGAAGAUUACAAAAAGGAGACAUUGUAAUAUUAGCAACAGACGGCCUCUUCGAUAACCUCUAUUCAAAAGAUAUUAUAAGAAUUGUGAACAAAUUCUUAUUAAGGCAAAAACAGACAAUCUACACCUCUAAUGGUUGCCAUGCUGCUGACUUAAACAAUAUAGUGGAGCUCCUUGACUCCACAGAUGCUUACAACUUGGCUAGGACUCUUUCACUUAAAGCAUGGAAAAACUCGCUAUCAUCUUCAUACAUCUCACCUUUCGGUUCCAAGAUGAACUCCUUACUCAAAACCACUAGCACAAAGCUCAUACCUGAGCUUGAAGAAUGGAGAGGUGGUAAGAAAGACGACGUGAGUGUCAUAGUCAGCUUUGUAAAUUAA